AUGGACCGCGAAGAGCUCGAGCACUACACCGAGGUCCUCCUCUCGAUGAAGGAGUACGAGGGCUUUGUCUGGCGCGAGGCCUUCCGCAAGAAGCAGCACCUCAAGCGCCUCAGCGAGAAGCACCUGGGCCUGCUUCCGGACGAGACCAAGAAGGCCAACAUUGCGGCCAUGAUGCGCUGUGCCAAGACGAACCAAGUGUUCUGGGACGACAUUUGCGAAAUGCAGAAGGGCUACGGCCCCGAAGUCGCCCUUCCCAACCAUAUCAACUUCAAGGAGCCACUCAAGACGCCUUACCGCCACUACUCGAAGCUCAAGAGCACGCUGCACCAAUGUGUCCGCGACUGGGCCGAAGAGGGCGCCGAGGAGCGCGAGCAGUGCUACAAGCCGAUCCUGGACGAGCUCAAGCGCGUGCUGCCCGUCAACGCCAGCAACAAGUACCAGCAAAAGGUGCUCGUGCCGGGUGCCGGCCUCGGACGACUGGCGCUCGAGAUCGUCGCGAUGGGCUACGUCACCGAAGGCAACGAGUUUUCGUACCAAAUGCUCUUUACGAGCAACUUCAUCUUGAACUGCGCGACCGAGCCGCAUGCGUUCACGCUGCAUCCGUGGAUCGACAACCCGUGCAACGUCAUGCGCUUUGAAGACUUUAGCCGCCCCGUGACGAUCCCGGACGUUGCCCCUGCCUCGCUUCUCGAUGCUCGCACGUUCUCCAUGUGCGCGGGCGAGUUCUUGGAAGUGUACGCAGACGACGUCGACACGUGGGACUGCAUCGUGACGUGCUUCUUCAUCGACGCGGCGCCCAACGUCAUCGAGUACAUGGAAGCGAUCCAGCGCAUGCUCAAGCCGGGCGGCGUCUGGAUCAACCUCGGGCCACUUUUGUACCACUGG